GCGUUUGUACUCAGGGCUGUGUUUUGUAUUACAGGAACUGUAAUUUGUUCUGAGAGGGUGGCAUCUCUUGCCUUUCAAAGCAUAGAGGAGUAUCCAUGCCUGUUUGUCUCUGAAACCUUGCCAUUAUUUCUUCAGAUCAUCCUCCGUACUGGCAUCCUCUCUAGGACAAUGUUUUGCUGUCUAAUGUGAGAUGUGAUGUGGCUGGCAGCAAAAGCACAACAGGAUAUGAACAAGGUUAUGAAACCCUGAACUCAGCGGCAAGUAGGCGUGUGUCUGGUUUUAAAAUCCUGUGUUACAGAGGACAUGGAACUUCUUAAAUGCACGGUCCAAUAGGAUCCCUCACUUAGUUAAAAUCUCCUGCUACCUGCCCAGCUCUGAGCUCUCUGCAUCAGCUUCCACCACCUCAAACAUGGAGCCAGCCCUUGUGCAUCUCAGCCCUGGUGUCCUUCUACAUGGUCAACACCUGGGCGCAGAGACAACCCCACCAUUGGGCAUGCUUUUCUCUGGUGCAGGAUGAAAAGAGCGAGCUUGCAGUGUCUGCCGAGGCUACACCCUCCUGCAGCUCCAGUUUCACUCCAGUGGCUCGCUGCCACGAGGGCUUUCCUCAGGAGCUGCAUACCUUGAAGUCAUCAGCCACCUCCUGCCCGUCCCCACAUCCUCAUUGGGGCAGCUGGGAGUGGUGCCAGGCCCCGGGUGGGCCCAUUGCCACCGGGUGGGCACAGCAGCCCUGCCCCAGGGAGGGUCUGGCACCACCUUCCCGCUUCCACCCCAGCAGCUGGUGUGGCCAGGCCAGACGCUUUCCCUCCUUGUUUGCUUUCAGGGUGUUCAUCAUCUCUCGUGCUGUUCGGAGCUGCUCCUGCUCAUUUCUCCCCUUGUGCCCUGUUCUGCUAGACCUCAGCCCACUGCACUUCUCCCUGUUGGGAGCCAUGCCCUACCUCCUCCACGACUCAAAGCCAAGGCCACCACCGCUGCCACAGGAGGCACGUGCCACCCACAGCUCAGGGAAGGGCUACCAGGAGCUGAAGCAGGAGUGCCUGCGCAGUGGCUGCCUCUUUGAGGACCCUGACUUCCCCGCCAAUAAUGCCUCCCUCUUCUUCAGUGAAAAGCCACCGAUUGCCUUCCUCUGGAAGAGGCCUGGGGACAUCGUCAAAGAUCCCAAGUUUAUCCUUGGAGGAGCCACAAGAACUGACAUUUGCCAAGGGGAUCUUGGUGACUGCUGGCUAUUAGCAGCCAUAGCUUCUCUAACGCUGAAUGAGAAAACACUAGCAAGAGUAGUGCCAUUGGAUCAAAAUUUUGGGCCAGGUUAUGCUGGGAUAUUUCACUUCCAGUUUUGGCAGCACAAUGAGUGGCUGGAUGUUGUGAUUGAUGAUCGAUUGCCCACCUUCAAAGACCGGUUGGUAUUCGUACAUUCAGCUGAACACAAUGAAUUUUGGAGUGCUUUACUAGAGAAAGCCUAUGCCAAGCUGAAUGGCAGCUAUGAGGCUCUGAAAGGAGGCAGUACAAUAGAAGCCAUGGAAGAUUUCACUGGGGGAGUGGGAGAAAUGUAUGAGGUUAAAAAAGCUCCUGACAAUUUCUAUGAAAUCCUAGAGAAAGCUCUGAAAAGAUCAUCAAUGGUGGGCUGCUCUAUUGAUACCAGCAGUGCUGCCGAGUCAGAAGCCAGGACACCCUUUGGCCUCAUAAAGGGCCAUGCUUACUCUGUAACUGGCAUUGAUGAGGUGAGCUAUCAGGGCCAGAAAGUGCAGCUCAUAAGAAUAAGGAACCCCUGGGGACAAGUGGAGUGGAACGGGCCUUGGAGUAAUAACUCUCUAGAGUGGCGUUUGGUCAGCCCAUCGGAGCAGAAGCGCUUGGCUCAGACAGCACUGGAUGAUGGAGAGUUCUGGAUGAAAUUUGAAGACUUCAAAGUGCAUUUUGAUAAAGUUGAGAUCUGCAACCUGACUCCUGAUGCCCUGGAAGACAGCACUGCCCACAAGUGGGAGGUGACCAUCCACGAGGGGAGCUGGGUCCGGGGAUCCACUGCAGGAGGAUGCAGAAAUUUUCUAGACACUUUCUGGACAAAUCCACAAAUCAAGCUGCAUUUGACAGAGAAAGAUGAUGGUCAAGAUGACUGCACGUUCAUAGCAGCACUGAUGCAAAAGGAUCGCCGUAAACUCAGGAAGCUUGGUGCUGAAAUGCUAAGCAUCGGCUACUCCAUUUAUGAGAGCCCUGGUGGAGAUGAACACUUGAGCAAAGACUUCUUCAGGUACCAUGCAUCCAAGGCCAGGAGCAAAACCUACAUCAAUUUAAGGGAAGUGUCUGACAGAUUCAAGCUGCCACCAGGUGACUAUAUCCUUGUUCCAACCACAUUUGAGCCACACCAGGAGGCAGAUUUCUGCCUGAGAAUCUUUUCAGAGAAGAAGGCCAUCACUGAGGAUCUGGAUGAAAAUGUUGCCAUUGAUCUCCCCGAGCCUCCAAACCCAACCCCAAGUCCACAAGAAACGGAGGAAGAAAAACAGUUUCGGGCACUAUUUGAGCAGAUCUCAGGAAAGGACAUGGAAGUAGCUGCAGAAGAACUUGAAUAUGUUCUAAAUAAAGUAUUAAAAAACACAAAGAACAUCAAAUUCAAGAAGUUAAGUCUCAUUUCAUGCCGAAACAUCAUUUCUCUUAUGGAUACCAGUGGCAACGGGAAACUGGAAUUCAGUGAGUUCAAAGUUUUCUGGGAAAAACUGAAGAAAUGGAUAAAUAUCUUUCUUCGAUUUGACUUUGAUAAAUCUGGCUCCAUGUCCUCCUAUGAGCUUCGCAGUGCUCUCAAAGCUGCAGGUUAUCAACUCAACAACUACCUGCUGCAGCUGAUCGUCCUCCGAUACUCUGAUGAGCAGUUCCAGAUUGAUUUUGAUGAUUUUCUAAACUGCCUAAUUCGCUUAGAGAAUGCAAGUCGAGUAUUCCAAGCAUUGAGUGUGAAAAACAAGGAUUUCAUUAACCUGAAUAUUGGCGAGUUCAUCAACCUGGCAAUGAACAUCUGAGGAAGUCGGACUUGGAUGCCAGGAGUCUCUUGGGCUGUCACUGCCAUGACUUCUGCUCCAACAGCUGUGAUGCCCUUUUCAUGUAGACUUCACCAGGAGCUUUUGUGUGGAGGAAGACUCAUGCUGCUCAUCUUUCUGGUGUCCAGCCCUGUUUUGUUCAGGAGUUCAACAGUCCGAUCUCAUUUUGUUUUCAAUUUUGAUAAAACCUGUUGAUGGAUUUGUUACUGGGAGAGAUAUUUGAAUGGGGCACACACGCCUCUCAAGCAGACUGAAACUGAUGCCCCUGAGUGAACACAGUCUUUUACGAAAUAGGAUUGUAUUUAGUUUCAGCAUAGCACAGACUACAAUGAUUAAACAUCUUUAUUGCUGCUUGGC